CAGAGGGCGCUGCACACUAAUAAUGGCAACAUUGAAGAAUAGAACUUUAUGAAGUUAUGACGUCUAUUUUAAGCAGUGUCUUUAACAAACAAGAAUGCUUACAGCAGUUUUUUCAAGACUUUUAGUACUUGUGUUUGGUACAUUGUACCCAGCUUAUGCCAGCUAUAAAGCUAUACGAACCAGAAAUGCCAAAGAAUAUGCCAAAUGGAUGAUGUAUUGGGUUGUGUUUGCAUUUUUCUCAUGUGCUGAAACAUUCUCUGAUGUCUUCCUGUCAUGGAUGCCAUUUUACUAUGAAAUAAAAAUUAUAUUUGUGAUAUGGCUUCUGUCACCAAUGACAAAAGGAUCCAGCUUUUUAUUCAAGAAAUUUGUCCAUCCACAGCUCAAAAAGAGAGAAAAGGACAUUGAUGAGUAUAUAUCACAAGCUAGGACAAAGGGAUAUAGUGCAAUACUUAGUCUAGGACACAGGGGUCUGAAAUAUUGUACAAACGUUGUUGUUAGAACUGCAAUAAAGGGACAGUCAACUUUAACUGAGCAUGUCAGAAAGAGCUACAGUACCAAUGAUCUAAGGGUACCAGAUGAUUCGUCAGAUCAGAUGGAUAGUAGUAUAUCAUAUAUUGAUGAUGAUGAAGAUGAACUCGCUAAGAAUAAGCGUGACCUUGAAGUAAUAAAUGAGGAAUUAUCAGAUGAUGAAAAGUCUAAUUAUAAGAAAAAGAAAGAUUCCCGGUUAUAUGAAGACAAUAGAGAAUUGGAGAAAAGAAAAAAACUCAUCAGCAGAAGUAACAGUGAUCUUACUGAUGUAAGGCGUGGCAAUCUAAGAUCUCAAAAGGAAGCACCAUUGGCCAGCUUAAAUGAGGAAGAUGAAGAAAUAAUCUACUCAGAAGAAACUUACUACCUUCCUACCAAUAACAAAAGAGAUUAUAGAGCUGACCCAUAUGGUACUUUACCUAGGACAAGAGCUAAAACAAGAGGGAAGAUUAACCAAUGAUAAUACAAUACUGCUCAAUAUCAUCAGAUAAUGUUCUACAGACACAUCACAUUGACUGACCAGUUUUCUGAUAGUGUGUCAUGAUAAUAAUUUACUGCUGUACAUAAUGUUUUAAUCUUAACUUAAAUUCUUAAUCAUUGUAAAAGUGUUUCUUGCUAAAAAUAAUUUUAAGACUGUGUCUAUAAUGUUACCAAUGUACUUUAAGGUUAUUCAUUCCUUUCAUGGAUUUUGUACAUUUUCGUAUAAUUUCGUAGAAAGAAAGAAAAGCAGUUGCGUGGAUAGUGAAGUUCUGUCCCAAAAUAAAUAGGAAUUCUAGAAGUCAAAUUUCCUCAUGGCUCUGUACAAAGUCCUAGAGGGUAAUAAAACUUAAUUUCAAGAAAGUUUAUGGAGCUAUUACAUAUGUAUCUCAUUUUAAUUUUACGUAUACAUGUCUAGGACAACCUGUAGAUUACAAGGUUGUAAGCAGGUUCAGAUAUUUUUCAAACAACGAAAGUAGUGAAUAGCUGCAUUUGAACCUUGAAUUCUGUUAAUAGUUGUCUGUGGUAGAAGUAAAAUGAGAUCUCUACUAAUUGUAAAUUGAAUAUCAUAAGUUAGUAUUUCAGUGUAAUUUGAAAGUCCCAUCAAGUUCUACAAGGUUCAAAUUUUGUACUGGUUAGAUUGUGUAUAGAGAUAUUUUGGUAUUUGUUUUUGUGAGAAAGGUUUGAAUGUUCAUACAAAAGUUAGAUUAUUGAUAUUUAUUACAACACAGAUAUUAAAUAUUUGUUAUAUAAUAAUGUCAUAGAUAAAGAAUUAAAGACAAGUGUGCAGUUCUUUCCUGUCAAUAAUUACAGCCCUUGAAUUUAGACAUUUGAUGCAACUUUCAGUUUUCCUAAAAUGAAUUAUUGUGCCUGAUUAUUGAACUGAUUUUUGGAUUGUAGUUAGCAUGAUGAUGAAUUAAGCUUGGUUGACCUUUUACUUUUGAUGCAAUGACUAGAAAAUGUUAUGACUUAUCUUUUUCCUUAAUUAUUUUUUCGAUUUCUGCAGAUAUUGAUCUGAAUGUUGGUAUGCAUAAUUGAAUAGAUUUUGACAGAAAAAUAAGUCUUGUUCCAAUCUUUGCUACAGACAGGGGCAUUUGUCUCAUACAGACAUAUUAUUUUUGCAAUUAAGUUUUAAAUACAAAUGAUUGACUAUUUUUGGUUUCAGAUGCAACAUUUCUAAGGUCAAUCAUUCAGUUGUAUUUUGUUGAAAAGAUAUAUAUAGCCAUACAUUUAUAUAUUAGUUGUGAUUUGUAAUAUGUUAAACAAUUCCAGGGUUAGUGGUUAUAACAUAAUGUUGUAUUGUACUUAACUAUACCUAUUAUUAUUUUCUUUGAUGUUAUCACUGAUGGAAAGCUUAGGACAGUCAUCACAAGAUUAUUAAUUUCCUGAAGGAAAAGUAAAGAGAAUUUUAAAUGGGCAUUGUAUAUGUAUUGGCUUUUUAAGUGCAGGCUGAUGUGGAAUAGGACAGAGCAUCUCAGAAACUAAAAAACUUACAUUGAGCCUGUUAUUUUGCUUUUCAUAAAUUUGAAAUGUGGGUGAAUUUAACACCUACAAAAAAUCAGAAAGUAGAAUUGCCAUCUUAACAAUCUUGGAAUGACUUCACUUCAGCUUUCUUUCACUGGUUCACAGUUUCUACUUACCAACUGCACUCGUUUUUAAACAAAUUUAUUCACUAUAUUUAUACAACAGCACACUAUUUAUUGGAUUAUGGUUCUCCCUAGUCUUCCCCUGAUAUAGAUUCCUAGUCAUCUUGGCACAGAAUAGGAACAUUGUCAAUUCUUGCCAGAUUCUAUGUCUCGUAUCACUUUUGUUUACAACAUGAACAGAUUGAACAUGUAAAGUAAAGAUGUACUUACACAUUAAAACAGAAGGAAAAUACAGAUUUCAAUCUUUUUCGUGCAUUUCAAUGUUUCUUUACUUCAAAGAAAUGCCAAAAAUAUCAGGAUUUACUAAGAAUGAGAAUAUUUUAUUUACUUCAGCACACAGAAAUGUAUUGUUAAAAGAAAUAAAUCAUGUAAAAUCUGCACGCAAGUUUAAACAUUUAAAAAAAAAAAUUAAAAAGACCUAUAUUUUUGUUUUUUCAGAAUUUCAAAUAGGUUAUCACAAGGAAAUGAUUUUUACAUGGCUUUGUGGUCAUCUGUAUAAUUUGGAUGUUAAGAAUUAGGGGAAGGGCCUCUUUUAUCACAAGAAUGUUUAUAUGAAAGAAAAAUUGUUUGACUGCAGUGAGUAUCUUUCUUCGUUUGUAAUGUUUACAUGAUGUGUCAGUGUGUAACUUAAUUUGAAUCUCAUGAUGUUGACAAUGAAAUAUAUAUGUCUUACGUAGCUUCUACUAUAUAGAAUUCUUUUUCUCAUUUAGCAUUUUUUAAAACAUUCCAAUUUUGAAAUUAUUUUUUUGUUAUUCUUUCUUCUUUUUUGCACAUGGUUGCACAAGUGGGGUUUAUUAUGUUUGCUAAUGCUUUAGUUUGAUAUUUUUAUAAUUUUUUUUCUACAGUUAAUUUGCUCAAUUUAGUUUCAUAGAUUGUCAAUGCAGCUGUUAUGACUUUGAAAACAUUAAGUUGGAUGUUACAAAUAAUAGUUUGCUGGAUAGUCUUAUAGUAAUUGGUUCAUCUAAGAUUUAAAUCAGAAUAUUUUAGAAUAUUCAAUUGAAACAUAUACUGUAUAUAAUAACUGUUAUGAAUGAUUUUACAUAUUGAAAUUUUAAGAAAUGUCAGAUUUGCAUUUAAGUCUAAUAGUUUUGAAUUGGCUAUGCACAAAUAAAAGAAAUCUGGAAUAAAUGCUGUUUGUGACAAAAUUCAUGAAAUCUUAUUAUUUGCAUGUAAAUAAUGCUCAAACAUUUUGUUUUGUUUGCAAUUUUUAAUUAUGACUUGAAAGUGAAUGAGUUGUGAUCAGAUCUACACAUGUAAUAGAAUUGUAUUGAUUGAAAGGUUUGUGUCAUAUGUUCAGUCAUAUUUGUGUAUGACCAAAGGUCUAAAGACCAAAAUAGUUGUCAGUGAUUGUUGUGUAAAUAGAGAGAAGUCUUUCAUAGUAUUGUUGGUUUCCUUUAAAAAGGUUAUAGCAAGUUAAUUUUGAGAUGUCAUCGUAAUAUACAGUUGUAAUAAUUUAAUUUGUUCAUUCUUUUGAAUUAUGUUCAUCUGUGUACGUUUCGAUCCAUUUAACUUAUAUUUUAUUUUAGGGUAGAUAUAGUAUUUACAUGAAAAGUACAUUUCGCACCUUACAGUUAAAAUGUCUUUCUUCUCAAUGAUAAACAAAGUGAAUCUUUCAUUGGUUUCAUGAUUUUUGCAGUGGAAACACUCCAAUUUUACAUAUAUUUUUCUGAAAGAUGGAUAUUUACAUUUAGGUUUCAUUAAGACGUUUUGAAAUCAAAAUUGAAAAUUAAACUCGGGUAAAAUAUACCGAUAGAGUAACCUUGUUUUUUAUGUUUUGUUGGAGUAAUUUUGAAUUAAAUAGCCAUUUGAAAAUGGAAAACUUCUACAUAUCAGUAAAUACUUUGUAUUGCAUUUUGCCAUUUUAUGCCAUACUAUAUUUUUGUAGCUUCUUUUUUAAAAGUUAUAAUUUGGCAUAAAAGCUUAUAUCAUUACCUAAAGUACAGAUUCACAAGGCUGAUUACCUUUAAAAAAUGUGAUUUUUGUGAUUUCUUCAAUGAAAUACUAUAUGGUGAGAUAGUAUGAAAUAAAAUAAAAUAGUAAGAAAGCAGGUGUCAACUUUUCAAAUGAUAGAAGAGAGGUAUCCUUCUGGUGAAGUUUUAUAGGUUGGGUUGGGGUUUGUUGUUGUCAGACUGGAAAAAAUCUUUUUUGAAGGAUGUUAUUGAAUUAGAAUUAAUCACAUUGUUUAAGUGUUGUUUUUGUGAUCUUGUCAGUUUUUGAUAUACAUAAAAAGGUAUGUCCAAUCCCAAAUAUACAUAUAGAUUCUACCACUGUAUCUUUGAUACAUUUUUGAAGUGGAGAGAUAUCCUAUCUCAAGUUAUGGUGAUGGAAUCUGUUGUUCUAAUGAUUUUUUGAAGAUUUGUAGGCAAACUUUAUCUUUCUAUUUCAAUGAUCUUGUGUAGAAAGUUGGGGUUUUUUUUGGGGGGGAUUGGGAUUUAUACAUUGUAUUGAUUUUUGCUGUAGAAUUAUUCAUAUUUACUGAAAAAAAUCAUGUAAUCACUUUAAAUAAAGCCUGGAGAGUUGACACUUGUGAGUUGGUUAAAUGACAAGAAUUAUGUUAAAUGGAAUGUGGGACAAGAAUUAUGUUUUGGUCAUUGUGUGUAAAUUUCUGUAACUUAUAGUUAAACAAUUUGUUGACUGAAUAAAUUCACAAUUUUUUAAAUAGAUUCAGUUUGAAAUCAAUUUGUAAGAAUGAAGAUAUGGGUUUCCUUUUACCUAUUUUUAUGCUGUGAAUGCACAAAUUUCAUUUUUUAAAUGAACAGUUGAGCUGUUUUGACACUUGUUACAAAAUCUAUAGUGACACUUUGUUACAGGAAUGACAGUUUAUAUUCUGUACGGGUGCUAUCAUACGUUUUAUCUUUUUCAUAAAUAUAUUAAUAAAUACAUUUUUAACCAUACAA